AUGCCUCUUCUCGGUCGUGAUAAAUACCAUCCCAGAUCGCGCAGGUCGGAUGAUGAGUUUGUCGUAUUCCUUCAAGGCAUUCCACCUCAUUGCCGCUGGCAAGAACUCAAAGAUCUCGUCCGCCAAACUGCAUUGCAUAUUCGCCAGGCAGUAGUAUACGAUGAUAGCCAUGGAUUCCCCACCGGACUCGGCCAGAUCAUCGUCAAGAAUGAAGACGAGGCCUGGCGAACGUACCAUCGACUUUCGACCAGCGGAUGGGAGGGUCAGAGCCUGGUCGUCACACUUUCGCGGACCAGUACGCCCACCAAGCCCAUUGCCGGGCCUACCAGAAGUCCAGCAAUGAUGUCCACGGGCUAUAUCUCUGGCCACUCCACACCUCCAUCAGUACAUGGAAACAUGGCAAUGCCCCCUUCACCCGUCUCGCCAGAAUCCUCGCACCCCGCCACUCCACCAUACUCAUACUCAGAGUAUGGCGUCAUGAUGGUACCCAUACCAAUGCCACCCCAAGGAUUCAUGACUAUGAUGCCAGAUUCACACGCACCACCGAUGCAGUGUUUCCCCCCAUCCCCAGUAAUGAACGGCCCAAUGUACGAGCCAUAUUGGAACAUGAUGCCAGGUUAUCAGAUGUCGCCUCCACAACACAUGCACCACCAGAGCGACAAUCAAUCACAGAACCACCAGAACUACCACCAUCGCGAAUCACGCGCCAAAGGCACAAACCUUGGCUCUCCAUUCAUCUAUUCAGACCGACGAGCCAUCAUAAUCGAGAACUUGAAUCCGGCUACUACUUGCACCGAUCUGAAAAUCCUUCUUCAAGCAGCCGGUGCUGUCCAGAAAUGCAGAAUAAUCACCAUGGACUCGGCCGACUUCAAUGGCCGGCUCCGCGGCUUGGUUACCAUGCGAACAGCAGACGAAGCCCAGUGCGCUGUGACCAUGUUCAACAAUUUGAGUUUCUUUGGGUCACGGAUCAGGGUGAAGCUUGAUCGUGGCUCUCGUCUCACGCGGGCCGUAAAAGUCGACGGAAUGUUAGGUGUUGCUGGCUCAGACACCACAGCCUCGGUACCUGGCAAUAGGGAUAUGUGUCAGUCAUGGGCUGAUGAGAUGACCGCAGAAGCCAAUGCUGUUGGUGUUUCUAAGCCUCUGGUGAUAGAUGGGUCUGGGUUGAAAAAGUCGGUUGAGAUUUCACCAAUAUCUGCGCCUACGUGA